AAACAAGACUACAAGAGAACACAAUUCCAAGCAAGGUACUCUACUGAGCUCAUGUAUGGGGCUCUAUGCAUGCAGAGUUUGUGUAUGUUGCUGGGAUCGGGCUGAAGCUUGUUAGGAGUUUGAAGCGUUAGUUAACACGUGCGGAGAGAAAAACAUCAGAGAACCGCUCGGCCCUUGAAAUGGUCAUUGGAUGGUUGCUGUAAAAAAGGUUUCUGAUAAAGUUUUACACGCGUGACAAAAGUGAGACUCUGACCCUGAAAAUCAAAACAACACUUUACUGCCAUAUCACCUCAACAGUAGUUUCUACUUCAACUCUCCCCUCCCGUCUUGUUUCCUUUUGUUUUUUCGAAUUCAAAACCCAGGGCCAGGCCAGGCCAGGCCAAGCCAAGCACCUACCCGAAGCGGCUGGGUCUUGAGUUAUUCCCUCGAACAAAGACGGUAAAGGGCUCAAAAGAAAGACCCCUUUUAUUUUUGAAAUUUUUUAUUUUGUGGCUAACCCAGAAAGCAGUGGAUGGAUGUGAGUAUGAGGAAAAAUGUUUCUUUUAGGAACCAGAGAAGAUGACUGGUAGUGGUAGUGAGGCUCAGAUGGAUGAUUCCAAACCAGGAGCUGCAGAUGUAGCUGAAGCGGACUCUCAAGCCCCAAUGGACACGGAAACAGAAGCUGCUGAAGUGAAAGACCAAGUUCAAGAUGAAGAACCUACCAACCUUGAAGAAGAUGGAAAAGAGGACAAAUCUUUGGCUGAAAUUGUUACCAAAAUGGACGUUGUUGAAGAUGGUGAUGCUCCCAUUCAUUCACAUUACGAUGGACGUUGUGGAAGCCCCAACUCUGACAUAAAACUCCAAGAUGAUGAAAAUGGGGAACAAUUGAAGAAUUUGUCUGUAGAAAGGGAAAUUAAGAAGCAAGUGCCAAUACCGGAACUUGGUGACAAAAACCCUAACCUAUGCUUUGACAACUCAGGGUCAGACACGGAGGAGGAGCAAGCAGCUUUUGUAAAGGAGGUUGAAGCUUUUUACAAGGAGAAGAACCUUGAAUUCAAGCACCCUAAGUUUUAUAAGGAGGAUAUAAAUUUGCUCAAAUUAUGGAGAGCUGUCAUCAAAUUGGGGGGCUAUGAACAGGUGACCUCAUGCAAAUUGUGGAGGCAAGUAGGAGAAUCAUUUAAUCCCCCAAAGACCUGCACCACUGUAUCGUGGACAUUCCGUAUCUUUUAUGAGAAGGCACUGCUUGAGUAUGAAAAGCAUAAAAUACAUGGUGGCGUACUCCCCCAUUCAGAUGCUUCUUUUAUUGAGCCUAAUGGGGUUGAAAGUCAGGCUGGUAGUAAUCAAGCUCCUGGAUCAGGUAGGGCUAAGAGGGAUGCUGCUGCUCGUGCCAUGCGGAGCUGGCAUUCUCAGCGGGUUCUCGAUAAUGGUGAGGUCUGUCAUCCAAUCAUCAAGGACAAGAGCUCUAGUCCUACACCCAAAAGUGACAGACAACUUAAAAAUUUUGGUUUAUUAAAGCGUAAAAAGCCAUCCACUCCGGAGCAUGGUGUCCGAGUUACUCAACCUAAAGCAACAAAACCACAGCAUUCUUUUGGCAGGUUGGAUACUAUGGUUAUUGAUAUUGGAGUGCCAGCUGAUUGGGUCAAGAUUAACGUGCAAAAAACUAUUGACUGCUAUGAGGUAUAUGCUUUGGUUCCUGGGCUUCUGCGUGAGGAGGUGCAUGUUCAGUCUGAUCCAGCAGGACGCUUGGUUAUAUCUGGUCAACCAAAGCAACUGGAUAAUCCUUGGGGUGUCACACCCUUUAAAAAGGUUGUCAGCCUGCCUUCUAGAAUUGAUCCGCAUCAGACUUCUGCUGUGGUUACCCUGCAUGGUCAGUUGUUUGUGCGCGUGCCGUUCGAGCUGCCUGAUGAAUAGGUUGUAGUUUUUACCUUUUUUAUAUGUAGAGAUUUCUCUAGGUUGAAGUCAUCUGACAUCUAAUUCUGCAAUGCACUGCACAAAUUUCUUGAUUAGUUUAUGCUCACAGCUGAUUCUCAAGCCAAUCUCCAGUAUUUGUCAUGGCUCUCUCUCUCUCUCUCUCUUUUUUUUUUUUGGGGGGGGGGGUGUUGGAAGUGAUGAUGAUUUAUCUGUUUUGGGGACUUAAUGAUCUUCAAUUGGGUGAAUUAAUCUAGAAAAAGCAAAAAUGAAUUAUGUGAAUAUGACUGGAUAUUGGAUUGUGUUCCAAUGCAUGGACGGAUUGAUAGUAACAAUGGCAGGGGAAAUGGCAUCAUUCAUGAUCUUCCUUAAAAUGUUAUUUAUAGGUUCCGGAGGUGGUAAUUGGGUUGAAAGUAUUGGAUUUGGGUCGGGUCACUUUGGAUUGGGUAAUUUUGAGUUGAAAAUUUUUGGGGUGUUUUGGAUUUGGGUUAUUUUGAGUUUAAGUUUCGGUCUUUUGGGUUUGAUGUUUUGAUUAUUUGG